CCGCGCGCAAUUCCUUGGUACGCGGGCGGUUGCCGUAGCAACAGGCGGUGUGUUCCUCGUGCGGCGGCCUAGUCCUUCUGGCCAUGGCGUGGCGGGGCACGUUGGUGGCGGCGAGAAGGUGGCUGAGCCGGGCCAGGAGCGCGAAGGAGGACGGGAGGGUGCAGGCCCUGCUGGAGGGCGCCCUGGUGGAGAAGGAAGAGGGGGAGGGAGAGGAGGAGAGCGCAGGCGAAGGGCUCCGGGGCCCGCGGCGCUCCCCGCAGGACACCUCGGUGCUGCUCUUCCCAGGCCAAGGCAGCCAGUUCGUGGGGAUGGGACAAGGCCUGCUGCGCUACCCCAGCGCGAGGGAGCUCUUCCGCGCGGCCGAGGAGGUGCUGGGCUACGACCUCCUGGGCCUCUGCCUCCACGGGCCUAAGGCCCAGCUGGACCGCACCGUCCACAGCCAGCCCGCCGUCUUCGUCGCCUCCCUGGCCGCCGCGGAGAAGCUGCACCACCUGGAGCCCUCGGUAGUUGAAAAUUGUGUCGGAGCUGCUGGUUUCAGCAUUGGAGAAUAUGCAGCCCUUGUUUUUGCAGGAGCCAUUGACUACCCAGAAGCCUUAUAUGCAGUAAAGGUGCGUGCUGAAGCGAUGCAAGAGGCCUCCGAGGCUGUCCCGAGUGGAAUGCUGUCUGUCAUUGGCCGGAAUAACUCAGAUUAUUUUGCUGCUUGCUUUGAAGCUCGCGAAUACUGCAAGUCAGUGGGAAUAGAAAAUCCAGUAUGUGAAGUUUCAAAUUAUUUGUUCCCAGAUAGCAGAGUCAUUGCAGGACAUUUGCAGGCUUUGGAAUAUUUACAGAAAAAUUCUAAGAAAUACGCAUUUGCACGGGUAAAAAUACUGCCAGUUAGUGGUGCUUUCCACACUCGCCUUAUGGAAUCUGCCAUGGAACCUUUGUCUGAAGCCCUCAAAUCAAUUACCAUUCGACAGCCUCUUAUCUCUGUCUAUUCAAAUGUGAACGGCCAAAAAUAUACGAACUCAAAACAGAUCCAGCAAUUGUUAGUGAAGCAAUUGGUUUUGCCAGUGAAAUGGGAACAAACAAUACAUGCUAUCUAUGAAAGGAAAAAAGGAACAGCUUUUCCUUGCUCAUAUGAAGUUGGUCCUGGGAAGCAGCUAGGAGCAAUCCUUAAAAGUUGCAAUUUGAAGGCUUGGAAAUUCUACAAAAAUAUUGACGUUUCAGAAGACGUUGCAAAAGACAACACAUAAAUUUGCCUGCAGGAGAUGUGUUCAUGGUACAUUCUGCUCAUUUGCUUUUAAGUAGAUUUGCCGAGAGCUGCAAAUGACAUCCUAAUCUCACCUUGAGGAAUGUGGAUUCUUGUCCUCGGCACAGGGAGUGCUGCGCACUUUCACUGCUGGUAUCAGGUUUGUACUCAGUUACUGUGAAGAGAAUAAUUACUUGUUGUCAUACGAGCUGAAGUAAUGUCCAGAGUCACUCUGGGUGCCACUUGGUCAAAUGGACAAAUAUACCCACAAUCUUCUACAAAUGAAUUAUUCCAGUGAUGGAUGUCAACAUGAUCCAUAGAGUUGGGUUGGUUUGCUGUAUUGUUUUUGACUUUGAAGAAUCAUUGAUAUUAAAAAUGCUUUAAACAUUGAUUUGUUUUGCAUUGCAUCAGCGGGUGGGAAUUUCACUUGGUAAAAGAAUAUUCCUAGUGUGUGUACAACAGAAAACAGGAUAUCCUUUUCUAGUAUGUUCUUCCUGGGGCAAAUGCAUUGGCCUAGUGGUUCUUCCCAGUUGUAUUUUUGAAAGCUGUGUUUUGAGAACCGUAAUGAUCUGUAUCUGUUGAAAGACAAAGAAUUUCGAAGGAGGUAGUCAGAAUAAUUUAUUGGUAUUGUUCACUGUUUAUGGAUUAGAAUAUCUACUUUAAGUGGUGUCUCUGAAAAUAAAGAGCAUCUCUUGUAUACCUUGUAAGAGACAAA